CUUGUAAGUAAGCAUUUCACUGUAAGGUCUACCUGUUGUAUUCGGCGCAUGUGUCAAAUACGAUUUGAUUUGAAAUGCAGCUAUUCUAACAAGCGAGUGGCUUAAUCUGUUCUGCGCUUUUUAUUUAUGUCUGCUUAAAUGAAAGAACUGGACAUGCAGAAAGAAAUAAGGACAAGAAGCCACUUUGGACUAUCAGUGCAUUCAUCAUCAUUGAGUAAAUGCGCAGUCAGUCUCAUUUUAGGCUGCACGCACGCCACAACAGUCUGGAACUCUGAAAUAGUCCGGCAGUCGUGAAAUUUACGUCAGUCUAGACUUCUCCGAAAAAGAUGUGUGUUCAACAUGAAUAGCCCCGUAUACGUUUGAAAGCGUAUAAUUAUAGAACGGAAUUUUUUGACGGUGACAUUAGCUGCCUGUCCGCAUAUUCAUCCUAUGAAAGUCGUCGCCAAUAGGACAGCUAAAUUAUGGGCUCGAGAAGAUACAUUGUAGAAAAGCGGACUCAGACAACAUUGAGACAUUGAAACAAUAAUUUGGAGAGAGAGAGAUGGCGAGUGACGACCAGGUGGCCAUCUUGACGGAUGACGAGGGGUAUCAGAAGAGGAAGUAUGUCCUGGCAGAACCCUUCAACACCUUGUCCAACACCCUGGAGCAGAUACCGGUGGGCGCGGGCCCCACUUCUGCCUCCCAAGGUCCAGAGUCUCCCCCCACAGACAAACCUGACUCCUCCUCCUCCAACCCCAGUAAUGACUGCCUGGAGAGGAACUGCGUGCGGAUCGACAACCACCUCCUCAUCUCCAAGGUCUUCUACUUCUUCUUCUAUGCAGCCUAUGGGUCCCUACACCCACUGCUGCCUGUGUACUACAAACAGCUGGGGAUGACUCCCAGUCAGAGCGGCUUGCUGGUCGGGAUCCGGUACUUCAUCGAAUUCUGUAGCGCCCCCUUUUGGGGGGUGGUGGCGGACCGCUUCAAGAAGGGCAAGGUGGUGCUUGUGUUCUCCGUUUUCUGCUGGCUGGUGUUCAACUGCGGAAUCGGCUUCAUCAAGCCUGCCUCCAUAACAUGCGUGGAGAGGAAACCCACAGUCGCACGCCCCACCAGCCCUGCCCACCCCGGUCUGCCGGCCAAUUACAGUAGGGACCGCAGGGGUGUGAUUGGAGACUUGUUUUCCCUCUCUUCGAAUCAACACGGUUUAGCAUCAGACUCAGUUAGUGGCGGUCCCCUGCACAGGUAUGUGAGGAGCGAUGGUGGUAAUGUCACUGGACCCAGCACUGUCACUAGACCUGUGCCUUCCCCCACCAUCACAACAACAACAUCUUCCCCUUCCACCACACCCACUACAACAGCCAGCUCAAAACCUGCCUCAAAUCUAACCACAACCAAACCAACCACCACAACCAUUCCCAAAGUCUACCACAUGAUCUCCAACCACGACCAGGUGGAGACCAUCUUCCUCCUGAUCCUGCUAGUCAUCAUCAUCGGCGAGUUCUUCAGUGCUCCGGCUGUCACCAUAGUGGACACGCGCACCCUGCAGUACCUGGGCCCCCACCAGGACCGCUACGGCCUGCAGAGGAUGUGGGGCUCCCUGGGCUGGGGCCUGGCCAUGCUCUGCGUAGGCAUCUGGAUCGACCACACCCACAUCAAGCUCUUUAUCCAGGGCACCGGCUGCAUCGUGCCCGACUACAAGAACUAUCAGAUAGCCUUUAUUGUCUUUGGAGUCCUGAUGGCCGUAGCUUUGAUAUUGUCCACACAGUUUUACUUUGAGAGUAGUACUAGUGACCACCGGCCAAUGGAGGCUCAGCUGGAGGAGGAUAAGAGACAGGGGGCAGAGUCUCCUCAAAUGUCCAGUGGUGUUUCAUCUCCCAAAGGGCAUGCGGUGGAAUCGUUAGAAUCCCAAAGUGUCGUCAGCCAACCGUUUCGUUAUCAGGACCUCAUUCGGCUGCUGUGUAGCGUGCAGUACGGCUCAGUGCUCUUCGUGGCCUGGUUUAUGGGAUUCGGCUACGGCUUUGUGUUCACGUUCCUCUACUGGCACCUGGAGGACCUGAAAGGGACCACCACGCUAUUUGGAGUGUGCUCGGUGCUGAGCCACAUCUCAGAGCUGGUUGCCUACUUCACCAGCCACAAGCUCAUCGAGCUGGUUGGCCAUAUAAGGGUGCUGUACAUCGGUCUGGCCUGCAACACGGCUCGUUUCCUGUACAUCUCCUACCUGGAGAACGCCUGGAUCGUCCUGCCCAUGGAGGUCCUUCAAGGUGUGACCCAUGCCUCAGUGUGGGCAGCCUGUAUCUCCUACCUCAGUGCUGCAGUGCCUCCAGAGCUGAGGACCUCUGCCCAGGGUAUCCUCCAGGGCCUGCACCUAGGGCUGGGCCGGGGCUGUGGGGCCAUGGUGGGGGGAGGCUUCGUCAGUGUUUUUGGAGCGGCCCACACCUUCAGAGGGAUAGGAAUGGUGUCCCUCGUCAUCCUCCUCCUCUUCGCUCUCAUCCAGUGGCUGGCUGUGCAGAGUGGGAACAAAGAUCCCAGAAUGCUGGCAGAGAACAUCCCAGUCCCCUCCAGCCCUUUUCCCAUAGCAACCAUAGACAUUAUCCAAUCAAAUAAUGGAGCCGCCACAAUGACACCACCGAGGAAGACCAAGCACCAGGAGGAUCAGGAGGAUUUGAGCGAGCCUGCCUGGGUGGUGUCCGCCUCGCCCUGGGUCUCCCUGGCCUUCGCCCUGCACCAGAUCAGAGAGAUGGCUACCCUUGCCAGGAGCAGCCCUGCCAACAACCAUUCGCCGCUGCAGGAGAUAAAUGAGAUCGGCACAGAUGAACCAACUGAUCCCAGUCCCCAUCCUUAGAACCUCCCCAGACUGGUCCCUCUCAAGUGGGACCCGCUCUCUGACCAGGACCCCCCCUACGCCUGCUGAUCAACCACCCCUCUCCACGGGCCAACACACAGUAGGGGACUGGAAAGAGGGGACACGUUGCACAUUGAGGAACUGCCCUAAAAUGUUUUCCUUCCAAGCAACACCAAGUCAAAGUCCAUGCACAGCUGGGAAGUCCAGCUAAAAGAGUAAGGAGUAUGAUUUAUACAGACUGGACAGGAGAGAAAUACUGACCAAAAUGAAGGAGGUUGAAUUCGUCCUCCUAGCAGGACAGGUCUUAACCAGCGCCUUUAGUGAUCUGAGGAAAAACUCUUUGACCGAUCUAUUGUUACUCUGUCAAGUGGACAUCAAACGAGUAACAGAGUUGUAUUUAUUUUGCUCAUCCUGGAAAUCUGGGAUAGUGGGUUUGAUUGAAUAAGGCUCCAUUUGUCUCGCUGGCCCUCGAAGUGCCUGAGCCGCGGUGUUGUAGGUCGGUGAUUCACACUCCUGUAGCAGUGCCACACUGAAUCUAAAACGCUGUGUGUAAUGGCUGCUUUGCUUGAUGUGGACUGUAGAGAUUCCUCUUUACAUCAAGUUUAGGUGCCAAUUCAAUAGGCGAAUGUUGUGGAACGUUGCAGAUAGCAAUGUUAUUAAUAUAACUGGUUUGAUUACUUAUUCUACAUGUCAGAGAGACGUGUGUUCUGAGGUUGGUGGCACCUUAAAUGGAGAGGGCUCGUGGUAAUGACUGGAGUGGAAUCAGUGGAUCGGUAUCAUAUACAUCAAACACAUGGUUUCCAGGGGUUUGAUGCCAUUCCAUGUGGUCCGUUCCAGACAUUAUUAUGAGUCGUCCUCCCCUCAGCAGCCUCCACUGUUCUACAUACUAUGUUGAUAUCCACCUGUUCCCAUAACUUUGUGCUCUCUUGAAAGUGGCCCUGCUUUUAUAUGUAAAUGUUUCCUGUGUCUAGUGACGAGUCUACCACCUAUCAGCCACUGAUGCUGUGGAAGAAUAGAUACGUAAAAGGGUUUAUGAUAUCCACCAGGCUUUUAGGGUCUGUAAUUACUACAAACUAUAACACCAUGAGUUCUGUAGAGACUUUCUAUAUGUAUUGAUAAAGAGUCUUCAGGCCAAGAUGUCUAAACGUCAAAUAUUUCACUAUGAUCAUAUUUAGACAGAAAUAAUUGUCAAUGAUAUCAAACUGCUUUCCUCCCAAGGGACUAUCUAAAACAAUUGUAUUGUAAUGACCAUUUUUCAUGCCUUGUCUGCUGUACGUAGCCUAUGUUCUACCUGAGAACUAAUACUCCUAGUGCACUGUGGCAUUUAUCUUUUCAAGGUGAAACAACAGUUUGCAAUACGUCACUGGAAAAGUUAGUUUUUUUAAACUACCAAAAAUGUAUCCUUGUAAUUUAAUAUGAAGAAUAUGCACCACAUUUGAAAUCACUUUAAUGCUGUUUGAUAUCAAAUGUAUGUAAAAAAAAAAAUAAAAAAAAAUCAAACAUAGGCAUAUUUCUAGCCAUGAGGGAGAAAACUUUUGCUCUUGACAGACAUGGUCCAAUCAAAAUCUCCAUUUGAUGUUUCCAGCAUGUGAUUGGCUGUCCCCGAGGCUGCAGUUUCUUAAGCAGCCAGGUUGGGGCAGUAGAUGGGAGUUCACUGGAUUCCACAGCAAUGGGAGUACAUGCGAGCUUGUUACAGUGACCAGUAGGGGAGCAGGUCUG